CACGACAGGGUUUCUGUAUAAAUACCAUCAUCCACUUUCCAGUUGUGCCAAACUCCAGACGCGCUGCAACAAGAUACACGAAGUGGAGGUUCGCAUAAGUUUGAUUUCACGAUAAAGAUGGAACACGUGGAGAACUCCACGGCCUCAUCCAGACGCGUGUUCUCCCAGAGCAGCGCGGAGUCGCCGGCGGGCAGAGACGGGAGCGCGCACCUCUACAUCCUCAUAGUCAUGUCCUUCUACGUGGUGUUCCUGUGCGGGAUCAUGCUGGGAUACUUCCGCUCCAAGAGGAGGGAGAAGAGACGGAUCAACAUCUUCACGCGGCUCCUGCACGAGGAGGAGCAGCGGGAGUGGGGCGCGCUCCCCAAGAAGAGCAGCCUGGGCACCGCGGGGCCGCGCUGCGCCGCCGCGGGGCCGCGCUGCGCGCAGGUCAGCCUGCCCUUCUGCGCACACGUCCGCUACGACGGCUCGCUCCCGUCCCCGCUGGCGUGCGCGCUGUGCAUCGAGCAGAGCAGCGUGAGCUCGCUGUGCUCCUCCGCGGACACGCGCUUCACCAUCGAGGAGGAGGACGCGGACGGCGGCGCGCCGGAGCCGCCGCGGGAGCGCGCCCAGGGGGGGUCGGAGAGCAGCGGGGACAACUCGGGCUGAACUCUCCUCCUCCCACCAAGAUGACACGAUCCAGGGAUGAAAACACGGGAGACACUUCACCUGAGAGGAGACCAGGAGGCCCCGAGGAGGCUUUAUUAUUAUUCUAGAGGGUCAAAGAGGACAAUAAACAGCUGUUAAAACACACACACACACACACACACACACACACACACACACACACACACAUGAGCACGAUCUGCUGACGUCCAUGAACAGAGAAGCAAAGAUGACUGGGCUGAAACAUGUCAGAUUUGAUCUGCAGAACAUUUAGAGGACCCGAUUGCUAGGGAUGGGCGGUAUGGACUAAAAAAUGUAUCACGAUCAUUUCUGGCAUUUAUCCCGAUAACGAUAAAAAUGACGAUAAAAAAAAUACCAAUUCAACUCCACCUUUUUAACUACAAAUCUAUCACUACAUUCAGUCUUUGGAGCCAAAACACUGCUCUAAAAGAUACUAAAUACUAAACUACACCAAUGGGAAUUUAUCUUUCUUUCUUUCUUUCUUUCUUUCUUUCUUUCUUUCUUUCUUUCUUUCUUUCUUUCUUUCUUUCUUUCUUUCUUUCUUUCUUUCUUUCUUUCUUUCUUUCUUUCUUUCUUUCUUUCUUUCUUUCUUUCUUUCUUUCUUUCUGGCUCAUUUCCUUCCUCCUUUCUUCCUUCCUUCCUUCUUUCCUUUCUUCCUUCCUUUCUUCCUUCCUCCAUCCUUCCUUUCUUCCUUCCUUUCUUUCUUCCUUCCUUUCUUUCUUCCUUCCUCCUUCCUUUCUCCCUUCCUCCUUCCUUCCUUCCUUCCUUCAUCCCUCCUUCCUUUCUCCCUUCCUCCUUCCUUCCUUCCUUCCUUCCUUCCUUCCUUCCUUCCUUCCUUCCUUCCUUCCUUCCUUCCUUCCUUCCUUCCUUCCUUCCUUCCUUCCUUCCUUCCUUCCUUCACUUACGUUGUGCGUGGAUUUAACACAGAACCAUAAAUCAGCUUCACACAAAAACGUCAUCAACGGGAAUUUAUCGUUUUUACCGCGGGAUGACAAAUUCUUACCGUGGGGAAUUUUUUUAACGGUAUAUCGCGAACGGUAAAAUAUCGCCCAUUCCUACCGAUUGCACACUGUAUUUUGUCAUGCAAUUUUUGUGUAAUGUGUUUAGAUGUGCUCUGCAUUUUCUGACUUUAAGAACACCUCAAUGGCACACUACACCAUAUUCUGCAUCCACAUGAAAGCACACACACACACACACACACACACACAAACACACACACACACACACACACACACACACACACACACACACACAUCACGGUAGGCUGCGUUUGUAAUCAUUUAAACACUGAUGCACUUCUACAAUUCUAAAAGAAAUACAAAGGUCGUUUUAUAUUAGUGUUGGCAUCACUUGCAGGUAUAAGAUGCAAUUCUGUUUCACUAUUAAACUCCACUACUGCCAGCAGAAGUAACGUAGAAGGCUUUGUUUUUGUGCUAUAUCAUUCUACUGUAUGAUUUUGCCUCUUUCCGUGGCGACCCCUCCCUGUCGGACCCCCUCCUGAUGCGCCUCACUGGUUUGGGCUGAUGACUCAUCCUGCAGGGGACUGAGAGCAAGACUGGCUCUGUUGCCGUCUAACUGAACUUGACUCACUGGGACCAGCUAGGUCCUGAAGACUGAAACGAACCUGGAACACACUUGAAAGGUUGUCUGAACUCACAUGUGUUUGUCGGUGGCUUCAUGACGGACACCCACUGUUCACAUAAUACCAAUGCGUUUGGUUUACUUGAUGAAAGCCAUGACUGUAGGCUACAUGUUUCUAUAUUUUACACCCUGUCAGGCUUAAUUUAAGAUGUUCAUUGAAAAUAAAUGUAUUCUUUUGAAUUCAA